AUCAACUGGGCCAAGCACUUUUUGCUCCAGUUGUUCUGAACUGAGGAAAGCUUUUCCCAACACUGUCCAAAAAUGGAGUCUCCACCUUCCUUGUCUCUCUCUCCUCUCUCUAUCUCUCUCUCACACGCACACAAAACGCCUUCUCUACAUGAGGAGCAGGAGCACCUAUUUGUGGUGGACGUAGAAGAUCCCGGCCCAGAUGAACCCCAAACGAAAUUUCGGAUACGUGGUCUGACAAAGAAAUCGGACGCCGGGGUUCCGAUACUGAACGGGAUCAACGUGGACAUACCCAAGGGCGUGAUCGUAGGGAUCAUUGGGCCAAGCGGGAGUGGGAAAUCGACGGUGUUGAGGGCAUUAAACCGCCUGUGGGAGCCACCUUCGGGUACCGUAUUUUUGGACGGCCGUGAUAUUUGCGAUCUCGAUGUGCUCAGCCUUCGCCGGAAGGUUGGCAUGCUCUUCCAGCUUCCCGCUCUCUUCGAAGGCACAGUGGCUGACAACAUACGAUAUGGACCACAAUUGAGAGGGAAGAAGCUAAGUGAUGAGGAGGUUUACAAGUUGCUAAGGCUUGCAGACCUUGAUCCCUCUUUUUCCGCCAAGUCUGGCGGUGAGCUCUCUGUGGGUCAAGCUCAAAGGGUGGCUCUGGCUAGGACCCUGGCUAAUAAACCAGAGGUUCUGCUGCUGGACGAGCCAACAAGUGCCUUGGACCCAAUAUCGACGGAGAACAUAGAGGAUGUCCUUGUGAAUCUGAAGAAGAAACAGGGAAUGACAAUUAUAAUUGUCUCUCACAGCAUCAAACAAAUCCAGAGGAUUGCUGAUAUUGUCUGUCUCCUUGUGGAAGGUGAAAUUGUUGAAGUGUUGAAACCUGAUAAUCUCUCGGAAGCUAAGCAUCCUAUGGCACAAAGAUUUCUUGAGCUCAGCUGAUUGAUUUUUUUUUUUUUUUGUUUCUCGAAAGAAGAUCAUGUCUGGGUGCUGUACACAUAUAUAUUCCUUUGAAGUUUGUCCAUAUGUUGUCAUGAUAGCAUUACCAUUAAAUAAAGUCUCAAACUUUGCUCGAUAAUGAAAAUUCACCAAUUGAAGAACAU